AUGAGUGGUGAGAACAAGGAGGAUGUCGAGGUCGGCGGAGAUGUCUCUGAGGCUGCUGAGACUUCUCCUACAGUGGAUGCAGACGACUAUCCGGCGGGCGCAACGCUUGCUUUGAUCGUCGUGGCACUGGCCAUGAGCAUGUUUCUGGUCGCUCUAGACAUGACAAUUAUCGCGACUGCCGUCCCCAAGAUAACCGACGACUUCCACAGCCUGGAGGACAUCGCCUGGUACGGCUCGGCCUUCUUCGUAACAAGUGGUGGCUUCCAGUCAUCGUGGGGCAAAGCCUUCAAGUACUUCUCCCUUAAGGCCAGCUAUCUCGCCGCCAUCUUGAUUUUCGAGCUCGGCAGUCUAAUUUGCGGCGUGGCACCCACGUCGACGGCCCUGGUUGUCGGGCGCGCUAUCGCCGGUGUUGGCGCCGCCGGCGUGAGCUCUGGAACCUACACGUUGAUCGCCUUCGCGGCGCGGCCCGAGAAGCGGCCCGUCUUCGUCGGCAUUUUCGGCCUCUGUUUCGGCAUCGCGUCUGUAGUCGGGCCCCUUAUCGGCGGCGCUUUCACUGACCAUGUUACCUGGCGCUGGUGUUUCUACGUUAACCUGCCCAUCGGCGGGCUGUCGGCACUCCUUGUUCUCAUCUUCUACCGCACACCCGCAUGGGCUAGGCCUGCUGAGGCCAGCUGGCCCGAGAAGCUGCUGCAGAUGGACCCCGUAGGCACAGCACUGGCAUUAGGGGCUAUCAUUGUCUAUAUCCUAGGUAUGCAGUACGGAGGGCAGACUGAGCCAUGGAACUCGUCCACAGUGAUCGGUUUGCUCGUGGCAUUUGUGUCUAUCACCGCGGCUUUUGCGUCCUGGGAGAUGUAUGCGGGCGAGCGGGCAAUGAUGCCGCCGCGCCUAAUGAGGCAGCGCGUCGUGUGGUUCAACGCGACAUGGGCCUUCCUCCUGAUCGGUGCCUACUUUGCGGUCGUCUACUACCUGCCUGUCUACUUCCAGAGCAUUGACAGCCUCAGCCCGACUGCAUCCGGCGUGCGCAGCCUGCCAUUGAUCCUGACCGCCAGCGUCGCCAUCAUUAUUCUCGGCAUGACCGUCAAGUACCUGGCCUCAUACACGAUGCUGGUCAUGGCCUUUUGCGCAGCCGUCGCGGCCGUUGCCAUCGGGCUGAUGAUCACUUUUGACACACGCCCUUCCCUUGGCAAAGAGGUCGGCUAUCAGCUUCUUGCGGGUUUCGCGCUAGGCUUUCCCUUCCAGCUUCCCGUCAUCCAUGGACAGACCCAAUCCAAGGCGGAGGACCUUGCCGUCGUGACAGCCAUCAUUAUAUUCUCGGAAACAAUCGCCGGUGCCAUCCUCCUGUCUGCCGCACAAUGCGCCUUUGUAAAUCAGAUGCUGAAAACGCUGGCUUUCACGGCCCCAGACGUUGAUCCAGCCAAGCUCAUCGCAACGGGCGUGUCCGAGAUCCGCGAUGUGUUUCCCGCCGAGCAGAUCCCCGGAAUCUUGCUCGCUUACAUGGACGGCCUCCGGAUCCCGUUCGCCAUCGCCACGGCUACUGCUGGUGCUGCCUGCGUCCUCGCCUGUAUUGUCGUUGUCGUCCCUGACCGUCUCGCAAAGAAGGCUGGCGGCGGUAGCUUGGAGUCCAGUGACGGCUCGGGGGGGGAUCAAGGGCGAGCGACCUUAGCUUCGAUAAUCUGA